CAGCUAUCGAACUGCGCCAAAGAAAAAAGCCAAAGUCUUCAGAAAAUAAAGAAUCUGUCAAAGAAGAGAAAAUUGAUGACACUCCAGUUCCUGAAAGAGCUCCAAAACGUAAGAACCUAGAAUUGCCAGCUAAGCUUUUGAGCAAACAUACUGUCAAAAGGACUGCCAGCCUAGAUGAAAAAAGACACAGCUAUUCAGGUCCUAAAAUCAUGUAUAAGUCCCUAACUUUCUUCAUGCAAGAAGCAGCAGGCUCUUUGGGGGUUAUCUUUCUUGAGAAGGAAUGUAUUAUUUCAGCGCUUUGCAAAGAUUUUCAUUGGCUGUCUUGCAGCAGUUACUAGUGGUAUGAUGUAUGCUCUCUAUUUGUCAGCGUACCAUGAACGGAAAUUCUGGUUUUCCAACAGGCAGGAGCUUGAACGGGAAAUCACAUUCCAGGGAGACAGUGCCAUUUAUUACUCUUAUUAUAAAGAUAUGUUAAAGGCACCUUCAUUUGAAAGAGGUGUUUAUGAACUGACACAUAAUAACAAAACUGUAUCUCUGAAGACUAUAAAUGCAAUGCAACAAAUGUCUCUAUAUCCAGAACUUAUAGCCAGUGUUUUAUAUCAAGCAACUGGUAGUAACGAGAUUAUUGAGCCAGUAUAUUUCUAUAUUGGUAUUGUUUUUGGAUUACAAGGAAUAUAUGUUACUGCUUUAUUUGUUACAAGUUGGCUUAUGAGUGGAACCUGGCUAGCAGGAAUGCUUACUGUUGCAUGGUUCAUUAUUAACAGGGUAGAUACAACAAGAAUUGAAUACUCCAUUCCUUUAAGAGAAAACUGGGCACUGCCGUAUUUUGCAUGCCAAGUUGCUGCACUUACAGGCUAUUUGAAAAGCAAUUUAAAUACUUACGGAGAGAGGUUUUGCUACUUAUUGAUGAGUGCUUCAACCUACAUGUUUAUGAUGAUGUGGGAGUACAGCCACUACCUCUUGUUUCUUCAAGCAAUAUCUCUGUUUUUGCUAGAUAGUUUUUCACUGGAGCAAAGUGACAAGGUUCAUGAAGUUUAUAAAAUCUAUAUAUUUUCUCUCUUUCUGGGAUAUUUGCUGCAGUUUGAGAAUUCAGCUUUAUUGGUAUCUCCUUUAUUAAGUUUAGUAGUAGCCUUAAUGCUUAUUAAGUGCCUUCAGCUAAAUGUGAAGAAGGGAAUUGUAGCUAAAAUAAUGAAAGCUAUUAAUUUUUACUUGGCGUGUACUCUGACAGUGACAUUGAAUAUUAUAAUGAAGACGUUUGUCCCACACAAAGAAAAUGGGCACAUGCUGAAAUUCCUUGAAGUAAAAUUUGGACUAAAUAUAACUAAGAAUUUUACAAUGAAUUGGCUCCUAUGUCAAGAAUCCCUGCAGGCACCAUCUCAAGAAUUUUUUUUGCGAUUGACGCAGUCUUCUUUAUUACCUUUCUAUAUUUUAGUGUUAAUUAUUUGUUUUCUUUCUAUGAUGCAAGUUAUUUUCAGGAGAAUUAAUCGUGAGUCCCUGAAAGAAACUGUUACUCUUGAGGAUGGACGAAUUGGAGAAAGGCCAGAAAUAACUUAUCAUGUGAUUCACACUAUUUUAUUGGGUUCUCUUGCAAUGAUUAUAGAAGGCUUGAAAUACCUCUGGACUCCUUAUGUAUGCAUGCUAGCAGCAUUUGGUGUAUGUUCUCCUGAACUAUGGAUGACACUUUUCAAGUGGCUUCGGUUACGAACUGUACACCCUAUAUUGUUGGCUCUGAUUCUGAGCAUGGCUGUGCCUACUAUAAUAGGUCUCAGCUUAUGGAAGGAGUUUUUUCCAAGAUUAAUGACAGAAUUAACUGAACUACAAGAAUUCUAUGAUCCAGAUACAGUGGAACUUAUGACCUGGAUAAAAAGACAAGCUCCAGUUGCUGCUGUGUUUGCAGGGAGCCCACAGUUAAUGGGAGCGAUUAAAUUAUGCACUGGAUGGAUGGUAACAAGCUUGCCUUUUUAUAAUGAUGAUGAUCUUCUGAAGAGAAAUGAAAAUAUCUAUCAAAUCUAUUCAAAGCGAUCUGCUGAGGAUAUUUAUAAAAUACUGACAUCUUACAAAGCUAAUUACCUAAUUAUAGAGGAUGCUAUCUGCAAUGAGGUGGGAACCAUGAGAGGCUGCAGGGUUAAAGAUUUAUUAGACAUUGCAAAUGGCCAUGUGGUUUGUGAAGAGGGUGACAAGUUAACCUACUCAAAAUAUGGGCGAUUUUGUCAUGAGGUUAAAAUUAACUAUUCUCCCUAUGUGAAUUAUUUCACUAGAGUGUAUUGGAACAGAUCUUACUUUGUAUAUAAAAUCAACACUGUGAUAUCCUUUCAGUCUUGAAAAUAGCAGAGCCUUCAUUUCAAAGACUUAUACCAACUGAAGUAAAAUGUUGAUUUUUCUUCUACCAAUGUGGCAUCUUUUUGGAAAUCAGAAUAUGGACAUUUCAAGUGUUGCUGCUGCUUUUCCCCUGCUGCCAUUAACUGGACCCAGUGUUCUGUGGGGGAAUAGAAGAUUAAGCAUUACUGGCCUUUGGUAAAAUAUUAAAUCUUAUCACUCUGCAAUAUUCUGGCCAAGUAUUAUUAUUCUUGUUAUAUGGUCUUUAAAGAUU